AUGGCCAUCGCUAAGCUCCUCCCCGUCCUCCUGAAGAACAAGGACACCCUCCUCGAAGACGGCCUCGACCCCCGAGCGCACGCCCAGCGGGGCGCCAACACGGGCAUCAGCUACGGCAAGAAGGCCGCCUCGGCCCCGCUCAGGGCCUGGGAGAACAUCCCGCGCCUCGUCGUCCGCGGCCUGCAGUUCGUCCUGGGGCUCGUCAUCGUCGGGCUCUACGGCCACCGCGUCGACAAGCAGCACCGCGCCGAGGGCACGUCGCCCUCGCCCGAGUGGGUGUUCGGCCUGGUCGUCGCGGGGCUCUCGUGCGUCACCGCCGUCGCCUUCGCCGUCGCCGCGCCGUUCGGCGCCGUGUCGAACCGCUUCAAGACCGCGCGCCUGUUCUCGUGGGACCUGACGCUUUUCCUGCUGUGGAUCGUCGUCUUUGGCAUAUUUGCUGGCAUCUUCCUCCACCGGGACAACGAUGACUCGUACAAGGGGAGCAGCACCGCCGUCGAGAAGGGCGCCGUCUGGGUGGACCUCGUCAAUGCCAUCCUCUGGCUGGUCUCUGGGGUUUACGGGUUCGUCAAGACCUUCAUGAGUGGCAAGGUUGACACACUCGGGGAGAAGGUCACUGGCAAGGUGUUUGGGAAGAAGCAGCCUCCGCCAAACAAGAUAGAGAUGUACGAGACGGUCUAA